AUGAAAUGUAUAAUAACAUUGGGAAAACGGAUAGCAAAAUCUAUUUUUAAUAGCCAAAAUGAAAGAGUUUCAAAAAAAAUCAUACAAUUACAAUCUGAAGGUUGGAAAAUUACAGGAAAAAUUGUACAAGAAUUAGAACAAAAAUUGAAUAAUACAACUUCUGAAUUGCGAAACACACGUAAAAAAUUGCAUCGUUCACAAAAAAAAAUUUUGACCUUACAAGAAUUAUUAGAACAUGAAUCUGAUUUAUCAAGUGAAAAUGAUGAAAAUUAUUCUUUUGAUAGUAAUGAAGAUAUCAAUAUAUCAAUUACAAGAAAUCCUGAAUUUCAAGAACUAAUUCAACAUCUUAUUACCAAGGGAAAAUUGGGAUCAAGUCUUUUUAUCUUUCACGGAAAUGAAGAAUCUGGAAUGAAUUUUUCAAAUAUUAUAGCUGCUGUAGGAUUGGCUGGUGAAGCUAAUCAUGAGGAAUGGUCUACAAUGUUAUGUUUAUGUGGAAUAACACGUCAAAGUGGAAAUUCUCAAUAUUUUCAAAAGCAAGAAAGAUUUUUCAAUGGAAUUAAAACUGCUGCAAAAGAUAGUGCAAAUAAUGCAUUACGUAUAGUUUGUGAAGAACUUACCUCAAAAGGAAAUGAGAUUUUAGAAGUUGAAUUUGAUUGUGCAUGGAGCAAAGUUCGAGAAGCUCCUCAAGCAAGUGCAGAAUUUAUUUAUAAUGGAAAACUAGAAGGAUUUUGUCAUAAAUCUAUAGUUGUAUUUAAUGUGGUAGAAAAAUCUCGUAUUUAUAAUAAUAAAAAUGGAAAUACUAUAAUUAUCAACAAUGGUAAUUAUAAUGGUAGCAGUUAG